AUGGGGCCGAGGGCGUCCCUGAGCCGGCUUCGGGAGCUCUGCAGCCACUGGCUGCGGCCGGCUCUGCACACCAAGAAGCAGAUCCUGGAGCUGCUGGUGCUGGAACAGUUCCUGAGUGUGCUGCCUCCCCACCUCCUGGCCCGGCUCCAGGGCCAGCAGCUCAGGGACGGCGAGGAGGUGGUGCUGCUGUUGGAGGGUGUCCAGAGGGAGUCUAGCAACGUGGGGCCACUGGACUUUAGUUUUAAUGCUGGCAAGAAUUGUCCCCGUGCAGACAUCACCUUGGAGGAACAGGGGGGCCCUUCCCAGGUCUCCAGCCACAGCCCCAAAAAAGAAAUGCCCUCAGAAGGGCCUCCAGCCGUGGAGCCACCAAAUGAACUCCCACCAUCCCAGCCAGGACCUUCCAAGCCUGCUGAGCUGGGGGCCUGGAGACAUUCCCCAAGUUCAAAGCAGCCCCAGAGCCCAGGUCCCAAGAGGACAUUUCAGGCCCUGCAAGAGAGCGCCCCCCAGAAUCCCCCGCUGUGGCCGGAGGAAAACUCCCGGGAUCAGGAGCUGGCAGCUGUGCUGGAAUCCCUGACCUUUGAAGAUGUCCCAGCGAAGAAGUCUUGGCCUGUGCACCCUCUGGGACUUGGAAGCAGAACCCCAGACGAGGAGUUUAAAGAAGAGCCCAAAGGGGUUGCCUGGCCCGCUGCCACUUCAGCAGAGUCUCGGGCAGAUAGUCCCAGGGUGGCGGAAGAGCCCCAUGCCCCGUCACUCGGGCAGGGCCCUGAGGUGAGCGGCACCGGUGAAGCAGUGUCGUCUCCCAGCAAGAAUGACAUUCUGGAGGUCAAAGUGGCCGGGGAGGCCCCCAAGUCGGAGCCAGAGAUGAAGGUCAUCUGCACAGAGUGUGGAGUGAGCUUCCCAGAGCUGGCCCGCCUGGAGACGCACCAGCUGCGGUCUCACCCAGGGUCGCGCUCCUUCCCAUGCCUGUGCUGCGGAAAGAGCUUCGGCCGCAGCUCCAUCCUCAAGCUGCACAUGCGCACACACACGGACGAGCGUCCCCACGCCUGCCACCUCUGCAGCCACCGCUUCCGCCAGAGCUCGCACCUGAGCAAGCACCUGCAGACGCACUCCUCUGAGCCCGCCUUCCUAUGCGCCGAGUGCGGCCAGGGCUUCCAGCGCCGGUCCAGCCUCAUGCAGCACCUGCUGGCCCACGCCCAGGACCAGAAGCUGCCGUGCGCCCCAGAGACCAAGACUGAAGCGCCCGAGCCGGCCGUCGUCCUGUGCUCCCACUGCGGCCAAACCUUCCAGCGCCGCUCCAGCCUCAAGCGCCACCUGCGGAUCCACGCCAAGGACCAGGGUCACCAGUGCUCCGAAUGCUCAGGCAGCUUGCGCCCGGGCCCCGAGCGAAGGCCCUAUGUGUGCAGCGACUGUGGCAAGGCCUUCCGGCGCAGCGAGCACCUGGGGGCCCACAGGCGCGUGCACACAGGCGAGCGGCCUUUCUCCUGCCAGGUCUGCGGCCGCAGCUUCAGCCAGAGCUCCCAGUUGAUCUGCCACCAGCGAGUGCACACGGGUGAGAAGCCCUAUGGCUGCCCGCACUGCGGAAAGCGCUUCGUGCGCCGAGCUGGCCUCGCCCGCCACCUCCUGACCCACGGCGGCCCGAGGCCCCAUCACUGCACCCAGUGCGGCAAGAGCUUCAGCCAGACGCAGGACCUCGCCCGCCACCGGCGCAGCCACACUGGCGAGAAGCCCUGCCGCUGCAGUCAGUGCGGAGAGGGCUUCAGCCAGAGCGCCCACCUGGCGCGCCACCAGCGCAUCCACACCGGGGAGAAGCCCCACGUCUGUGACACCUGCGGCCACCGCUUCCGCAACAGCUCCAACCUGGCCCGCCACCGCCGCAGCCACACUGGCGAGCGCCCCUACGGCUGCCAGACCUGCGGCCGAAGCUUCCGGCGGAAUGCCCACCUGCAGCGACACCUGGCCACCCACGCAGGGGCAGGGGACGAGGCGGUGAAUGGGCAGGCUGAGCCCCCCCAGGAGUGCCUGGAGUGCGGCAAGAGCUUCAGCCGCAGCUGCAACCUGCUGCGGCACAUGCUGGUACACACUGGGGCCAGGCCCUACUCGUGCACGCAGUGUGGCCGCGGCUUCAGCCGCAACUCCCACCUGCUGCGCCACCUGAGAACGCACGCGCGGGAGACCUUGUACUAG